UGUGACGCUCACCCUAUUUCGCUGUCAAGCUUGUUAUUGAAAGGAAGAGAGGAAAAGCAUUAAUUUUAGAUUUUCCAUUGCGAAUGCGGCGUCAACGUAGGAAAAAAUAAGCUUAACGAAAACGGAACACCAACCCUAACAGAAUGGGGGUCAAUUUUUCGGCAUUCAGCUAUAUUGUAGCGUUAAUCAUCGAUGCAUUUCUGAUAUUUUUCUCUAUAUUCCAUGUGAUUGCUUUUGAUGAAUUAAAAACGGACUACAAGAAUCCCAUCGACCAGUGCAACUCACUUAAUCCGUUGGUUUUACCGGAAUACGCCAUGCAUGCUCUGUUCAAUAUACUGUUCCUGUUUGCCGGAGAAUGGUUCGCGUUAAUUGUAAAUAUGCCCCUUAUCGCGUAUAAUAUAUGGAGAUACAAAAAUCGUCCAGUCAUGACCAGACCAGGUUUGUAUGAUCCAACGAGUAUCAUGAACGCAGAUGUGCUAGCAAGGUGCCAACGGGAAGGCUGGAUAAAAUUGGCAGUUUAUCUAUUAUCGUUCUUCUACUACCUUUAUGGUAUGAUCUAUUCACUCAUAUCGACGUAAAUAAUCUUGGGUCAUUUUUCGAACAACUACUCAACGAGUCAAUCAAACUGUCUACUUUGAACUGCUAGGGAAAGCACAGUUAGCCUAAAACGAUAAAUUAAGCUGCACACACAAAACAACCGACCAACGAUGGAACCUUGAUUCUUCGAAUCCAUCCUAGUCUAGUUAUUUAGUCUAAAGUACGAAUAAUGUUUCUUUACGUUCAGCUGGUAAAGUUGGCAUCUAUACUUUUAUUUAUCGCUUGAUUCCAUAAUUUCACCAUAUCUUCGAUUCAUUUUGUUUUCGUGUGAUAAGUUGUUCUCCGAAACCAUACCAUGGUUAUGGGCAUUGCCACAAUUUAUCUUUUAGUGGAUUGUAAAAUAAAUGUCAAAUAAAGCUGUAACUUAUC